AUGAUAAACCAAAUUGACAAGCCUACUCGCUUUAACCGAAGUAUUGACGCCAUUUUUUCAAAAAUAACUGCAUCUGCCACAAGAUUUCAAAUAUGUACAUUUCCGCUCCACGUCUCAGUUAAUGAGAAACCAGAAAUUUUCCAUACACGUGAUUUCUCAGACUAUAACUUAAUGUCUUUUAGAAAUACUCUAUUAAAUGAGAACUGGAGGGAUGUCUAUAGUGCCAAAAGUACUAAUGUGUGCUUUGAAUCAUUCUUCACAACAUUUCAAUACCAUUAUCAAAAAAAUUUUACACACAAAAAAGUUAGAAAUAAUCAUAAAACAAAAUCUCCCUGGGUAACGAAACAAAACAAUGAAUUACAUCAUAUGGUAGGUGAACUAUGCAGUAUUGCCCGCUCUACUGAAAAUGAAGUGAAUAUAUCAACCAUAGAAUUAAAUAUCAACAAUGAAAACACCAAAGACAACAAUAUGUUAGUAAAUUACUUUAAUGACUUCUUUGCGAGUAUUGAAAAACCAAAUCCAAACUAUAACAAAAUACAAUUGCACCUUUCUCAGAAUGUUCAUUAUUUUUAUAUCCAACCAUACCAAAAGAAGUUCAUGAGAUUAUAA